AUGAACGCUGUAGCCAUUCAGAAACCGGGCAAACUAAAGGGCGUUCGUGUUGAUGGGUCUCUAUUCCGACCUGAUUAUCUUUGGGUUAAAGCUAUGGCAUUUGUUCAGAGGUGCGAUUACUCGGCUAUUGUUGAUGCAGGAGGCAAGGCUUGCAAUAGUAACAUCUUGAUCGGAGAUCAAAUAUAUGGUUUAUGUUACGGUGGUAACAAUAUAGAGCUUCUACGGAGUUUUACGACUAGAAAUACGGUUUAUGUGCGCGGAUUCUGGAAGAAAUCGAUUUUGAAAAAGCAGCAGCCCUUGUUUUCUUUGCCAAUCACUUGGGUUCUCAUUGUCGCCAUAGAAAGUUCUCUUGUAGGGGACUUUACUCAUUUAUGGCGAGAGUACUACAAAAUCAACGCUUGCCAUUUUAUUUGCCAAGCUAGAAGCUUCGGAAUGACCGCUCUAUCUACUACUAGCCUGAAACCCAUCGAUCCCGUUGAAAGUCUCAGCGCCGAUGAAGUUCUUGAUCACCAAACCCGACUGUGGACAAACAAUCAGAUCUUAUGUAAACGAUAA